AUGGCAAGUGAAGAUGUAAUUGAGUUGGGAUCAUCUGAGGAUGAAACAGGGCCACCGGCACCUAAAAAAAUCAAACCGCUCCCUAAUGCUAUGGUACAUAUCCCGAAUAAAUUACAUGGUAUAACUAUAAAGCCAAUGGCAACUAAUUUACCUCACAAACAUAAAGUAUUGUUGGGCAAGUCAUUAUCGAUUACAAAAUUGCCUCAAUCUACGACAGUUAAUUUGACACCUAAUGCUAACAGACACAAUGGAAGACCUAUGCAAAAAUGUGUAUCGAAACCUAUUUACAGAAAAUUAAUGACGGACAAGCCAGUACCGAUUCAAGAUAAAUUCAAUAUUAAUCCAUUUAAUAUUGCAAACCGAGGUCCUACUCUAUUGAAUAGAACACCAUCUAAAUUUACAAAACGGCAAUUUAAAGUGCAAGACCCAAAAGUGUUAAACAAUUUACCUCCAAGUAUCACAAUUAAAAGAACUCAAGGUGGGAAAAGUGUUGUACCAGUAGCCAGUGUGCCAAAUGUAAAUAAAAUUACUGUAAAAAAAAAUUUAACUCUUGUUCCAUCGAAAACCCUUCAGAAAGAUCAUGGCAGUUGUGUAGGUGAUGUUUUAACUGUGGAAUUAGAUGAUGAUGAAGGUUCACAGUCGUCUACAGCUACAGGUAGUCCACAGUGGUAUUUAAGGCCUGAAGAACAAUUAAAUGAAAAUAGCCUAGAACUGAAGAACAACAAAGAGCCUGAGGCAAGUAAUAUGAUAGAAAUUAUAAUAGAAGAUAGUCCAGUGAAACCUUGUUUACUUAAAGACUCUCAUCAAAAAAGUAAUGAACUAUCUAUAACAAUUGAGGAUAGCCCCAUUAAACCAUUCAAUGAUGCAUCUUCAGUUUGUGACAGUGACAAUGAACAAGACAACACCAAAGUGCCUCUUAGUAAAAAGAAGCUUAAAUACCCAGGAAACAGUGAAUUCAAUGAAAAUGAAAUGGAAGUAGACAAUGAUAGUUCUGUGAAUAAAUCUGAAGUUAAUAAUCAUCCUGAAGAAGGUAUAGUUGAAAAUGAUUCUGAAAACGGAGUUCAACAAACUACACAACUUGAUGAGAAUGAUAAGCCAGAAAAGACAGAUUCUCUCACAGUUAACUCAAUAAUGGUUAAAAAAGAUAAUUCAUUGGAAAGUGAUCCACAUUCAAAUGAUAAGAGAGUGGAAGUACCCAAUAAAGAUGUUAAGUCAGUAUGCAGUAGUGAAAGUAGUGAAUUUCAUCCAAUUUACCAAAAAUUCAUAGAUUUAUGUUUUGAAUUAGAAAAUUCAGAUGAUAUGAAUAAAAUAGUUGAGAAAAAAAUUAAAACAUAUUAUAGACAAGUAUCAAAAGAAUAUGUUGAAUCAGAAGAGUUUAUUGACAUGGUAUCAACAAAAAUAACAUUAAUGAAGGCUGGUCCUCAGAAGAUGUAUUUGUAUAUUAAGGAUAUAGUUGAUGAAUUAAAUUUACAAAGGAAAAUGGCUAAAACACAACCUUUAUUAGAAAACAAAAAGGAGUCCGUAGAAGAGACAAAUAAGGAUUUCUUUGAAGAAGACAACCCAUAUGACAGUAAACGUCGCAGACAAAUCCGUAAACUAGAAAAGACAAUCAAAAAACUUCACAGAGCUAUACAAAAAUUGGAGGAACAGGAGGUGGAUUUCGAUGACGAAGAAGAUUCAGUCUAUCUAUUGACUGAAAGAUAUAAGGAGAGACUAGUACGGGUUUAUGCAAAGUUUUGUCAAAUAUCUAAUACAAAAAUGCCAUCUGAGCCACGGAUUCAAAUACAAUGCCGGCCAGGUCAGCCAUUAGGCCCUGCAAGAAGGCUUGAGAAGUGGAUCAAUAGGAAAGUACCUAUUGGUACACCACUCCCUUUCCCAGACUUCCAUGAUGUACUUAAAUGCGUCAGAGAAGCUAAUGAAGAAGACCAACUGGGUUGGAAUGAGGCCGAUAUAAUGGAAGAAGCUCGCGAUCUUUUUACAAGAUGUGGUAAAAAACUGCAAAGACGAAGACAGGAAAAUGAAUGGAGAUUAGCCGCUUCACGAAUAACGCAUGAUGUAGAUCCGGCUGAACAGAAUGAAACAUUGAAAAAGAAAUUAGACGAAAAUAAGAUGGUAGCAGCUAAAAAGGAGACUGAACUUUUUAAUAAGUAUGCAGACAAACAAAAUCUAUUAAAAUUAGAGGCUGUAGAAAUUGGUGAUAAAGAAGCAGACGAAUCACCUGUGGAGAGUGAAGAGGAUGAAGUUAAUGAUGAUAGUAAUUCGUUAGAAGAUAGACAUAAGAGAAAAGAUCGACUACGACGACUUUUGCAAGAAAAAUCUAACAGGGUUAUUGGUGAAAAAGAUAGUGACAGUAAGAAAGAGUCUGAAAGGCUUUCCUCGCCAAGCCAAAGUCAGACAGACAAUGUUAAAGCUUUGCACAGCAAAGAAGGCAGUAAACCAGAAAACAGUAGAGAAAGCAAAAUAGAUGACAACAUUGAAGAAAGCCAUAAGAAUUUGAACGCAGUAGAGAGUGAAAGUGAUAAAGAUAAUAAAAAUCUAACGAAAGUAACUUCGGAAGUUGAAAAACAAAAUGAAAUUGAACAAAAUGGAUCUGUUACUGAUACCGUUGUUGUAGAAAUAACAGAUAAUACUCACAACAAUGAAAACACAGCGGAUGAAGUAAAUGACAUGAAGACUACCGGUGAGAUUGACUGCAUUACGCCAACAGAUAUGAUCAAACCCGAGCCUAAAGUCUAUGAUACUGAACGUGUAACUUUAAUAAGUGAUGAUUCUGAUGUAGAUGAACUCAACUUACUACAAAAGUUACAUUCGGGAAAUGAAAUAUCAUCAUCUGAGUCAUCAGAGUGUGAUUCACCUAUAGCUAUCUCGGAUACGCUAGAAUCAAAUAGCGAUUCAGAAGACAACGAUACUCAUGAUGUUAUAAGUAUUGAAAAUUCCAGUUAUUCUGAAUCUGAGACGGCCAAAGAAGACAUUUCAGUAAAUGAAAUUCCAGAAAAGUGUAGUAAAGUAGGCGAAGAUGCUGUUAUAUAUAACUUAGAAGAGGAGUCGCAGAAUAUCGAUAGUGUAGAUUCUGUUUUUGAAGCAGAUAAAGAAUAUCCCGAGAAAAUAGACGACAAAAUAGAAUUAGAAGACGAAUCGCAGAAUGCUGAUAGUGUAGAUUCUGUUAUUGAAGCAGAUAAGGAACACCCCGAGAAAAUAGACGACAAAAUGGAAUUAGAAGACGAAUCGCAGAAUGCCGAUAGUGUAGAUUCUGUUGUUGAAGCAGUUAAAGAAUAUUCCGAGAAAAUAGAUGACGAAAUAGAAUUAGAAGACGAAUCGCAGAAUGCCGAUAUUGUAGAUUCUGUUAUUGAAGCAGAUAAGGAACACCCCGAGAAAAUAGACGACAAAAUAGAAUUAGAAGACGAAUCGCAGAAUGCCGAUAGUAUAGAUUCUGUUAUUGAAGCAGAUAAGGAAUAUGCCGAGAAUAUAGACGACAAAAUAGAAUUAGAAGACGAAUCGCAGAAUGCCGAUAGUGUAGGUUCUGUUGUUGAAGCAGUCAAGGAAUAUUCCGAGAAAAUAGACGACGAAAUAGAAUUAGAAGACGAAUUGCAGAAUGUUGAUAGUGUAGAUUCUGCAGUUGAAGCAGAUAAGAAAUAUUCCGAGAAAAGUAAUAAAAAUAAUGAUGAAAUGGAGGAUGUCCUUUUGGCUUCUUCUGAUGAUGAAGACAUGACUCAUCAAGACAUAAAUUUAUCGAAAGGUGGCAGUGAUUAUAUUAACUUAAAAGAUGAUGCAAUAUCUAUUAGUGAAUCUAAUAAGGAUGAAGUUCCAGAUGAAAAAAGAUAUGAAAUGUUAAAUGCUGAUUUAAAUGCCGGUGAAUCAGAUUGUACUGUCCGUAUGCACUCUCGGGAAGAUAUUUCCGAAUCCAAAAAGAUAGAAAAACAUGGUGAUGGAUCAGAAGCAAUGGAUAUUUUUGAGACAACUCUAAACAACGAUCAAGAUCGAGAGGUCAUAGCAAACUCAGUGGAAAUUGAAGAAGAAACUAAAAUAGUUUGUAAUAGUCAGGAAGACAUGUUUACAUGCGUUGAUGCGUUUGUUGCGCCACUUGAGCCACUUGACUGUUUAAAAGAUGCUACAUCAAACACUAUAGAUUCAACCGAAAAUGACGUAAACAUGAGUAAUAUUAGUAAUAUUGUUGAGCAUCAUUCCAAAAAUACUAAAUUAGCCGGACAUGAGAAAAACACUGAAGAUGUAGAAAUGUUAGAUUCAGACGAAAACGCGAGAACAUAA